AUGAAUGCUUUGUCCAACGAAAACGACACAGCUAUUACGAAUAUUCGAUGCAAUCAAGUUCUUAAUCAUGCAUCUGUUCAUGGUCAUGUUUUAGAAAUUGGCAGUGGUACUGGAAUUAAUUUUGUAUGUUUACAUAACAAUACACGUAUUAAAGACUAUAUCGGUAUUGAGCCUAAUAUUCACAUGCAUAGUUAUAUGCAAGAAACUAUAAAUCGUUGGCAAAUUCAAUUUCCAGUACGAAUAUCUGGUAUUUCAGCUGCUGCCAUGAUUGAUAUCAAAUCGGAUAGUAUCGAUACAAUUAUUAUGACUUUUGUUCUCUGUAGUGUUCCUGAUCCAUUUGUUAAACAAAUACUUCUCGAAGCAUAUCGUGUUUUAAAACCAGGCGGACAAUUUCAUUUAAUCGAACAUGUCUUAUCGGAUCCUAAUAUAAAACCAAUGACGAAUUCAUUUCAAAAACUAAUCGAACCCAUAUGGACAAUACUUGGUGAUGGAUGUCGUUUCAAACCCAUUGUGAACUAUUUAGAUGAAAUGAAGACUAUUUAUUCGAAUGUUGAGUAUGAAAAUAUCGAACUACCGAUCCCAUUUUAUAUUAUUAAAGAUGGUUUAAAAGCUGUACUUACAAAAUAA